GUGACAAAAAACCAACUGCAAGAUGCCGGGUAAGAAAAAAGAAAAGGGAAAAGGAAAAGGCAAGGGCAAAGGAAAAGGGAAGAAAACUGUUCAAUCCAGAGAUCUAGUUGUUAUGAUCGCAACUGUGUGUUUACUGGAUCACAGCCGAGUGCUAGUAUAAGACACAUUAUUAAAGAGUGCAUUGAACAGGAAAAAUGUCUAAGCAAAGUCUGACGUGCACUGAGCAGAACUUUGUAACCAAAGCCGGUGCUCAGAGAUACACAUCAGAACACGGAAUAAUUGUUGUCGCACCAGACACAAGCCCUCGUGGGUGUAAUAUUGAGGGUGAAGAUGACAGCUAUGACUUUGGUUCUGGAGCUGGUUUUUAUGUUAAUGCCAAGUGGAAGAAAAACUACAGGAUGUAUUCCUACAUUACCAAGGAGCUUCCUGCAUUGAUUAAUAGCAAUUUCCCUGCUAUUCCCGACAAGCAGUCAAUAUUUGGACAUAGUAUGGGAGGUCACAGUGCGUUGAGAUCUGUAGCCUGAAGACCCCAGGACAGUACCAGUCUGAUUAUGAUGCAUGUCACUUGGUGAGGAAGUACAACGGGCCUCCUCUAAAUAUUCUUGUUGAUCAGG